AUGUCGUCAAGUAACUCGACGGCUUCAUCAGAGUCCCAAUCCUUUUCGUCGACGUCUUUUUCUUCUUCGUUCUCAACUUCUUCAACUUUUUCCUCCUCUACCUCGACGCCCAGUCCAUUUCCAUCUUCUCAUUCAUCAGGACCCUCGACCGACAGUAACGCCACCAAUGCGUCCAUCGCAACCUCAGCUUCUCUAUACUUAUACACAUUCUUGGCGACACUCGUCCUCCUCCUCUCUGUAUCUGCCGCUAUCGUCAUACGCUCUUUCGUGCUUCGUCGGAGGCAUAGGCUCAUGGUGGAAGAGGCUAUCAGGAAUGGGACAUGGGUGCCUCCCGCACCCCCUACACGUCCUGUAAAAGUGGACUUGAGUAAGAAGCCGAUGCUUUGGGAGGCAUACAUCGACGGGAAGGGCGAUGUUGUCUCGUAUGGUGCUCAUGGGGCCGGAAGUCAAAGGAUCAAUGAUACAUGGAAAGCUGAGCAUUCGAAGGAGUGGGAUACCAUCAAGCCUAUCGCUGUCAGUUAUCUAUCGUCGACUACGCUGCCUACGUCAUCGCCGUCGCCAUCUGGUUUGGCUACGAUCCCAUCCGUUGGUAGCCUACACAGCACAGCCGCUCAACAGCCGUCUACGCCAGUUGGAAUGCAACGGGAUGUCGAGGCAAACGCAGGUACUCCUACUAACGCAUCCUCCGCCGCUGUUGCUGUCCCAACCCCGCCGACCUCAGUUCGGACACCAACAUCACGGCCUCGUGCAAUCCUAUCCCGUGUAGUGCGCAUGCUUAACCCAACACCCAACCCAACUUCGCCCCUACCUGGCCCGCUUGCAGGAUCAAAUGCAGGCUCAAACGCCAACCUUCCAGGGCCUAACAGUGGUGACGCAACUGCGAAUGAGAAGCUCGAACUAAAGGGACCACAUACGAUGCGUGUAGCUGUUCUGAUUGCCAUGCCUUCUCCGCCCUCGAGCAGCUUGUCAACCUCGAGUUCGGCAAUUUUAUCAUCAGCAUCAAGCUCAACAGGCGCUCCCGGAGCUUCCACAUCUCCGUCUCCACCAAUAAUUUCUCAUCCAUUGUCAGUUAUGGGCGACGACGACGAGCAUCCAUUGCCACAUCUUGAGGUUGGCGUGGCCGAUGUUGUAGUCAUGCCGCCUGAUUAUGGUUCAGGCGUGGGAGAUGCGCACGUGGGGAAGCGAAAAGCCGCGCAAAGAGGAAGUUUGGCAAGUAUGGCGACGGGUAGCGAAGGGAGCGAGGUAUAG